AUGAACACGGUACUCCUGGAAGGGCGGAAUACAGCCGCACGGUAACUGCACAUUGUUACAAUAAAGAAACAAUCGCAAAGUUAUUUUUUUGUGGUUUUACUUCAGUUUUGUGGUCACCGAGCUGACUCACCUCUCCAUGCUGCUGUGCCGGGUUUCGGCAGUAAGUCAUGCGCUAGCGAGAUGGGGACGGAGGUCACACCGGGGAGACGGCCUCCUCCUCCGCGCUCUCUCCUUCAGCUCCAGCCGCUGUCGUGGUGUCAGUUCAGGAGAAGGCAGCGCUCAGCCCUCAGAGACAGGUUCUGCUCAGGCACUGUACCGAGACACAGUUCUCCUUCCCCGGACUGAGUUCCCAGCUAAAUUGACCGGACAGAAGCUGCUGGACCGAGAAGUCGAAAUACAGCAGGAGUGUGGAUUUGCAGAUUUGUACUCCUGGCAGAGACAGAGGAAGGCCAAGAAGGAGUUCUGCCUUCAUGAUGGACCUCCGUAUGCCAAUGGAGACCCUCAUGUAGGACAUGCACUCAAUAAGAUCCUGAAGGACAUCCGUAACCGAUUUGAGAUGUUGAGGGGGCGACAGGUCCACUACAUCCCGGGCUGGGACUGCCAUGGCCUGCCCAUCGAGCUGAAGGCUCUCGGAGAGCUGGGGAGCAGCGGCCUCACUCCACUACAGAUCAGACAGAAAGCGCGGGACUUUGCGAAGGGGGCCAUAGCUCGUCAGAAAGCUGCUUUCCAGCGCUGGGGGGUGAUGGCUGACUGGGACCAGUGCUACUACACUUUUGAUGGAGCCUACGAGGCAGCUCAGCUGAAAGUCUUCCAGGAAAUGCACAGCAAGGGGCUCAUUUACCAGGACUACAAGCCGAUCUUUUGGUCUCCGUCAUCAAGAACGGCCCUAGCAGAGGCAGAGUUGGAGUACAACCCUGAACAUGUGAGCAGAGCCAUUUAUGCCACGUUUCCCCUGAUCACACUUCCACCCAAGAUAGCUUCAGAAAAAGGUCUGGAAGGUGUCUUUGUGUUGGUGUGGACCACCCAGCCUUGGACCAUUCCUGCGAACGAGGCCGUAUGCUACAUGCCCAAUGCCCAGUACUCAGUGGUGAAGAGGGCGGACAACUCACAGCUACUCCUGGUGGCCACUGAGCGCACAGCCAGCACGGCAGCACUGCUGGGCACAGAGCUGGAGACCGUAGGCACCUUCACAGGCUCCCAACUUGAAGGUGGGAUCUGCAAACACCCCACAAUUCCUGACAAGGAAGUGCCACUAUUGCCAGCCAAUCAUGUGACUAUGGCAAAAGGAACAGGAUUGGUCCACACAGCACCAGCUCACGGCAUGGAGGAUUACAGUGUGGCCUCACAGUUUAAACUGUCUGUGGAGUGUAUUGUGGAUGAGGAUGGCAAGUUCACGGAAGCAGCCGGCCCUGAGCUACAGUAUCUGUCAGUGAUGACAGAAGGCACUGAUAAAGUGAUCUCCAUGCUGAAGGAGUGUGGGGCUCUGGUGAAAGAGGAGCAGUGUGUCCACAGCUACCCAUACGACUGGAGGACAAAGCAGCCUGUUGUCAUCAGGCCCAGUAAGCAGUGGUUCAUCAACACAGCAUCACUCAAAGACAAAGCCAAGGAGGCACUGCAGAAGGUGCGUGUUUUGCCAGACUCGGCGAAGGGCAGCCUGCUGGCCAUGCUGGACAGACGGACGUACUGGUGCAUCUCCAGACAGCGAAGCUGGGGCGUCCCAAUCCCCGUCUUCUACCACAGAGAGACCGGAGAGGCUCUCAUCAACAAAUACACAGUGUCCCACAUAGCAACGCUCUUCAAAGAAAAGGGCAGCGACUGUUGGUGGGAGCUUCCCACUGAGACUCUGCUGCCACCAGAGGUCCUGAAGAAGAGUAAAGCCGGUCCAGUGACUGACUACAUUCGUGGAGAGGACGUGCUGGACAUCUGGUUUGACAGUGGAGCAUCAUGGGCUGCUGUUCUAGAAGAGGAGAUGGAGGGAGAUUCUGAGGAGCCUGAGUCACGCCUCAGCUGGCUCCCCGCCUCGCUACGCAAACCUCUGGUCACAGAGUCUGACUCCAGGGCAGAUGCGUACGUGGAGGGAAAGGACCAGAUUGGAGGCUGGUUUCAGUCGUCACUGCUCACCAGUGUCGCCGUCAGGAACAAGGCACCUUACAAGUCUCUGGUGGUCCAUGGCUUUGCUGUCAGUGAGAAGGGAGAGAAGAUGUCCAAGUCUCUGGGCAAUGUUGUGGAUCCUGAUGUAGUCAUUAAUGGAGGGAAGGACCCAGCUAUGCCAGCCUACGGGGCGGACGUGCUGCGUUGGUGGGUGGCAGAGUCAAACAUCUUCACUGAGGUCCAGAUCGGGCCCACUGCACUCAACUCAGCCAGGGACAGCAUCAACAAGUUAAGGAACACUCUGAAGUUCCUGCUCGGCAACCUGCGCGGCUUCGAUCCACUGUCUCAGGCCGUGGACUCCAAACAGAUGCACUACAUUGAUCAGUACAUGCUGCACCUGCUCCGUGAAUACAGUAUGAAGGUUACAGACGCCUACAGUGAGUUCGAUGCCGGCAGGGUCAUCCGUGUCCUCCAAGCCUUCAUCGCCAGAGACCUCUCCAGUUUUUACUUCAGCAUCAUCAAAGACAGGUUGUACUGUGAUGCGGAGGACUCGCUGGGCAGGAGAUCAUGUCAGACCGUUUUAGAGGAAGUUCUGGACGGAGUUACCAGAUCCAUAGCUCCCAUCCUGCCACAUCUGGCUGAAGAGGUCUAUCUGCAUGCACCGGGACAUGACAAAGGGGAGGCGUUAUUCAAGAGCGGCUGGAUAAAAAGCAGUUCUGUGUGGCGGCGACCAGGACUGGAGGAGGCAGUGGAAGGAGCGUGUGCCAUCAGGGACUCCUUCCUGUCCUCCAUUCCGGGCAAGAACGCCGCAGGGUACGACCUCACUAUUGCCAUUGAGCCUGGUUUGCUGUUUGAACUGAUGGAGUCUCUCCAAGAGGACCCUACGUCCACUUCCUCCCAGCUGGCUGAGCUGAUGAUGGCAGCGCGCGUCAACCUGACCAGUGAGCUGCCCCGCGACCUGCCCCCAGACGUCCUACAGAAACACGGCACCUUCCUCAUCAACCUGGAGGGUGGUGUUAUCCGUGAGGACAGUGCCUACAGUAUAGCAGUGGUGCCCACCUCUGCCGCCCGGUGCCCACGGUGCCGACGCUACACUGCUGAGUCAGCGGACUGCCUGUGCCCGCGCUGCCAGACCGUCGUUUCACAGGUUCGCUGACAGGGCCAGACACUCUCACCUUAAUGAGCAGACAACAUCACACCAGUGCUACUUCAUCUCGCUGCUUUUGGUUUUUACUCUUCCUGUCACCAUCAGGUUGAGAAGUUAAAAAAAAAAAGUGACUCCAAAUCAGAUUCCGCCUCAG